CAUACGCUAGAAUUAUUGGGUGUAUUUUAGCGUAAUUAUAUAAACGCUACACAAUGGCAGAGGCCGCACUGAUCAGCGAGCAAAUAGAAGAUGACGAGGUGCAGGAAAUUCUCAAAACGGGAACCGACCUGCGGCAGUAUUCGGCUCAGAUCGAAAAGGAAUUUAAGGAGGUCGAAAAUCGGUCCAUCGACGAUUACAUCAAGGAGAGCCAGAACAUUGCCAACCUGCACUACCAGAUUGGCAGCACAUCGAACAUCCUCGAGCGGAUGGAGUCGAUGCUGAUGGACAUACAGGGCGCUCUGAACAACAUCAGCACCGAGAUAACGUCGCUGCAGAAGAAAUCGGUCUCGAUGUCGGUUCAGCUCACCAACCGUCAGUCGAUCCGGGCACAAAUCUCACAGUUCGUAGAAGACAUGGCGGUGCCGGAGGAAAUGGUGGCCACCAUCAUGGACAGCCCGGUGACGGAGAAGGAAUUCAUGAACCACCUGAAUGAGCUAAACCACAAGCUCAAUCUUAUGAAGGAGCUUAACUUUAAAGAAUCCAAAUCCUCUCAGGACGUUAGCGACGUGCUGCAGAAGCUGAAAGUGAAAGCGAUGAGUAAACUGCGGCUCUACCUGAUGGAGCAGAUCUACAAGUUCCGCAAACCGAUGGCCAACUACCAGAUACCGCAGAAUGCGAUGUUGAAGUACAAGUUUUUCUUUGAGUUCAUCCUGUCCAACGAGCGCGUGGUGGCGCAGGAAAUUUGCAACGAGUACGUUGACACCAUGGGAAAAAUCUACUACAGCUACUUCAAAAGCUACUCGACCCGACUGGCCGCGCUCAAGUUCGAGGAAGCCGUCUCGAAGGACGAUCUGAUGGGAUUGGAUGAUUCCGUUCCGAAGAGUAUAUUUUCGAAGGCGAGUUCGCUGAAGAACAAGAGCACAGUGUUUUCCAUCGGUGAUCGUGGUGACGUACUUAAUCAGCAGCUAGAGGCCCCAAUAAUCGUGCCCCAUGCGCAGCAAAAAUCCCGCUAUGCCUACGAAGCACUGUUCCGCUCGGAACAGUACGCCCUGGUCGACAACGCCUGCCGGGAGUAUCUGUUCGUGACGGAGUUCUUCAUUCUACGCGGCCAACAGGCGCAGGAGCUCUUCAAUCAGAUUAUGGGAAAAACGACUGCUCUUUUAAUUAAAAAUUUAGAAACCUAUGUUCAGGAUUGCUACGACACGAUAGCUCUCUUUCUUUGCAUUCAACUGUGCCUACGGUAUCAGCUGAUGUGCCACAAAAGAUGUGUUCCGGCAUUGGACAAGUACUGGGACAAUCUUCAAGCGGUCAUAUGGCCACGGUUCGAGCAGGUGUUUCGAAUGAAUAUUCAAAGCAUCCUCGAUUGUGAUCCAACCAAAUUUCCCAAAGAAACUGGUCCCCACUAUAUCACCCGCCGUUAUGCCGAGUUUUCGGCCGCCAUCGUUGGGAUUUCGGAGAACUUCCCCAACGAGCUGGUCAGCCAUCUGCUGCUAGAACUUCAGGAGGAGGUAAAGUGCUUCAUGCUGCGCAUGGCCGCCAUCUUCACCACCCGCAAGGAGCAGCUAAUUUACCUGAUCAACAACUACGACCUGGUGCUCGGUGUGCUGAUGGAGCGCACGCGUGACAACUCGAAGGAAGCGGAAGCGUUCCGUGAACUGCUCAGCACGCGCAGUGCGGAGUACGUGGAAGAGAUCCUUGCCCCGCACCUCGGGGGCAUCAUUCAGUUCGUGAAAGACUGCGAACAGAUGCGUGACAAGGAGCAGACAGAGGAGCUUAAACGGCAGGAGCGGCGAUCGUUGCAGCUGGUUGCAAACUUUUCCGCCAACUGGAAGAAAUCGUUGGAAGAUCUGAACCGGGAGGUAUUUCUGUCCUUUCCCUCGCUGGUCACCGGUUCGCAGCUGUUGCAGCUGGCGCUGGCACAGCUCGUACAGUAUUAUCACAAGUUCUACAAGCUGCUCACACCGAACGCUCGGGCCCAGCUGGUAAACAUUCAUGUGAUAAUGAUCGAGAUAAAAAAGUAUAAGAGUAAUUAUUAGGCAGGGAAAUUGGUAGGA